UCGGCAAGGGCGCGGGGCACAUUAGUUCUUGUAUGUUCAGUCUUGAGUGCGAGUGAUGAAUGUGUGAGUGCAAUACACUACAAGUGGCGACAAGAGGCUGAGAUAAGCGGACUGCAUUCAAGACGACAUGUUCCAGUCACCGGCGCCACCGGAGUUCCUGUCGCGGCCGGGACAGCGUCCUGGGAGCUGGCGACAAUGGUACGAGGACUUCCUGGUCUUCGCUGAGGCCAGCGGGUGGUUGGACUGGACGGACGGUCGUCGGACAGCGUUCCUGUUGACAGCAGUCGGAGCGGAGGCACGUCGACUCUACCGAGCUGCUGCUUCAGCUACCAAGCAGGAGAACAUCGAACCUGGAGUAAGUGACACUGACGCCGGCGGCGCUGGUGCUGCAAUUGUGUCUCAGUUCGAUGCUGCUGUAGCUGUUUUCAAGAAACUGUUUGAGAGCGAUUCUGAUGUUCGCUCUGCUCGCUUGAAAUUCCGGAAAUGCACCCAAGGCCCUGAUGAGUCAUGCGUGAUUUUCCUGGCCAACCUCCGCGAGGCAGUGGCCUGUUGCAGUUAUGGUGCCCUGACUGACGACAUACUACGUGAUCAGUUUAUCGAGGGUUGUCGCUCUGACCAGCUUCGUGACAAGCUGAUAAUGAUUGAUGACCUAUCUCAUUCCAAGCUAGAGGCUGUGGCCGAGGCCCACGAUCGGGGCUUGCAGCGAAAAGCUCUACUGCACGACUCAUCUGCCGGUGCGACUUCACCUUCAGCUCCUGCGGUGGAGGUGGCGUAUACUGGGCAGCGGCGCAGCACGAGCCGCAGUGACUCAGCGCGUAAGCAGACGCAGCGUCAGCCUCCUGUGAAGAAGUCAGGUACGUGUCGUGCCUGUGGUCGACCGGGUCACUGGGCAAAUGACAAGGAGUGCAGAGCGAGGAACCUGAAAUGUUUCAAGUGUAACACUGUCGGACACUUAAGCAAGUGUUGUCCUCGUUCUAACAAGACCGGUGCUGUUGACAAUGUGCAGAUUUUGUCCGUGUCUGCUAAGGAUGACGUAUGUCCGGUCGUUCAGACAGUGUCGUGCCCGUACUAUGAUGCCUUCAUUGAGAUGAAGCGUGUCAGGAUGCUGGUUGACACCGGCUCGGCGGUCAGCAUCGUCCCAGCGAGGACGUACUGGCAGCUCUUCAGUCACGUCCCUCUCCGUCCUGCGGGUAAGCUCGCCCAGUGGAACGGCAGCGGCAUUAAGGUGCUGGGUAAGAUGUCAGCUGACGUCACAGGACCGGACCAGCUCUCCGUUCCAGCGGAACUGUACGUGGCGGUGGGUGAUGUACCGAUCAUGGGCCGUGAUCUCCAGCAUCAGCUCGGAGUCACGGUGAGCCGUGGCAGUGUCGUCUGCCAGGUGAAGCAGGAUCAGGUGCUGCCAGCCAUCAAGGGAUUCGUCCACAAGGUGCGUCUGAUUCCCGGAGCUGUGCCCAGCACGCCACACCUGAGGACUCUACCGUACGCUGUGAGGCAGGAGGUCAGUGACCAUCUGGAGUCCCUGGAAGCCCAAGGAGUCAUCGAGAAGGUACCCUGUGGCUCUUCGCCCUGGUUGUCUCCGAUUGUCGUGGUCCGGAAGCGAGGAGGUGAGGGCCUGAGGAUCUGUCUCGAUCUGACGGCGGUGAACAAAGCCAUUGUCGCAAACGGCUACCCCAUCCCUCCGAUGCAGGAGAUGCUGGACAAGCUCCGAGGUGCCAAGGUGAUGUCCAAGCUCGACAUGAAGUCAGCCUAUCAUCAACUGGAGCUGCACGAGGAGUCCAGGAACCUCACUGCUUUCGUGCAUGAGGGUCAGACCUGGAGGUACAAGCGGUGCUGCUUUGGGCUCAAAAGUCUUCCGCAGUGUUUCCAGAAGCUCAUGGAGACUGUUCUGCAAGGCAUCCCUGGUGUUCAAGUCUACCUGGAUGACGUACUGGUCACAGCACCCACCCGUGCAGAGCACGACGCGAGGCUCAGCACCGUCAUGAAGCGGCUGAAGGACUACGACAUCACGCUGAACAGGGACAAGUGUCUGCUAGGUGUUGUGUCGCUGGAGUUCCUGGGGUUCGUCGUGUCGGAGCGUGGGAUCGAAAUCUCACCAGAUCGGGUCCAAGGUCUUCGAGACAUGGGACAACCCCAGAACACCAAGGAGCUCCAGGCUGCACUGGGGUCCCUCGCGUUCUACAGCAAGUUCGUGCCCAACUUCAGCUCUCGGGUAGAACCUCUGCGGCAGCCGCUGAGGAAAGACGCCCCAGCCUUCCGAUGGACGGAGGAGAUGACAGCUGCGCUGGAGGAUGUGAAGUCGGCGAUCUUGAACUCGUCUGCGCUGGCACCGUUCGACCCCAGUCUGCAGACGUUCGUCACGACCGACGCCAGCGACGUUGGUCUCGGGGCCGUUCUCUCACAGAUCCACCCAGAUGGAGAGAGAGUGGUGGCAUUCGCCUCCAGCACGCUCAGCGCAGCACAGCGCAAGUACAGCGUAACUGACAGAGAGGGCCUGGCAUGCGUCUGGGCGUGUCAGAAGUGGCACAAGUACCUGUGGGGCAAGGAGUUCGUUUUGCGGACGGACCACGCUGCCCUUCGCUCUCUGCUGUCUGCUAAGGGCAUCGGUCGGGCCAGUAUGCGAAUGUCUCGCUGGGCCGUCAAGCUGAUGAACUAUGCGUUUCAGGUUCAGCACAUCGAGGGGAAGUUGAACCAGGCUGAUGGCAUCUCACGCCUUCCCGGCAGUCAUGGGGUUGCAGAAGACGAGGACCAGCUGGUCGCAGCCCUGGAGGAGAUGAUGCCGGCGGUGAGCAGCGCUGAUAUCGCCGCAGCAGGCCUUGAAGAUGACGAGGUCAAGGCGCUGAUCUCGCAGAUCCCACAGCGCUGGCCGUCGAAACUGAGGGAGGUGCCGCCUGUGCUGAAGCCCUACUUCAGGUACAGGAACGAGCUGAGCAUCGAGAAGGGUGUGGUGUUCAGAGGUGAGAGGAUACUUGUUCCUUCUGCCCUCAGAACCCGCGUGGUGACAGUUGCCCACGAAAGCCAUCCCGGGAUAGUGCGCACGAAGCAGCGUCUGCGCGCAGUCUUCUGGUGGCCAGGGAUGGACGGCGAGGUGGAGACAGCCGUCAAGAACUGUCCCACCUGCUCUGUUGCGGACAAGUCGACCAAGACGUCCAGGACGCCUCUCAUCCCGGUCUCGCUGCCUACUGCGCCGUGGGACAAGGUGGGAGUGGACUUCAUUGGUCCGAUGCAGGGUCCGGCAAAUCAGAGGUACGGCAUAGUGCUCACAGACUACUACUCCAAGUGGCCGGAGGUGGCGUUUGUAUCAGAGCCAAGUACAGACGCCGUGAUUGACUUCCUGACGUCAGUGGCGACCAGAGAAGGCUGGCCGAAAGAGCUGGUGAGUGAUAAUGGAACCCAUUUCACGUCAGCACGGUUUGCAUCGUUCUUGCAGGCUAACGGGAUCAAACACAUCAAGGUGUCCCCGUAUCAUCCAGCAGGUUCCGGAGCUGUGGAACGCUUCAACCGCAGUCUGAAGUCUGCCAUCCAGAUAGGUGAGCAGCAGAAGGCAGACAGGCGGCGGCACGUUCAGCAGUUCCUGAUGGUGUACCGGGCGACGCCGCACGCCACGACGGGACGCAGCCCGUCAGAGCUGCUGCACGGACGCCAGCUGCGGACGUCACUGGAGAACGCCGUGGUGCAGAGCAGUGACUGCAGAGGUGACGGCGCCAUCCAACAGCACGUCCGGAAGAAGCAGCGAAAGAUGAAGCGGUAUCAUGACCGAACGGCAAGGAAGCCCGACAUAAAGGUAGGCGAUCUCGUUCGCUAUCGCCUGAUGCCAAGGCCGCGCAAGGGAAAACCUCGGUUUUCCAAGCCAUGUGUCGUCACCGCACAGCGUGGUCCCGUGUCGUUCGAGCUGGAGGGUGGCAUCAGAGUCCAUGCCGAGCGACUCUCCCCGUGUCAUACAUCUGUCCGCCGGCCUGACGUUCCCGGAGGAGGCGGGCGAGAACAGGCUGACGAGCCUGAUCUGCUUCCUGACGACGCCGGCGGCGGCGCCGAGACUGUCGGCGUGGAGACAGCCGAGAGAAGAGAGGCUGUCGGGCCUGAACAGCUUCCUGACGGCGCCGGAGGCGGCGCUGGGACCGUCGCAGUGGAGACAGGCGACGGCGGAGCGGCCGAAGUCGACGUAGGUGGAGACGUCUGGAACGACUCUGCCGGGAAUGCCUCUAACGUCGACGUCGAGGACGCCGGAAACAUGGAGGGCCCGUACCGCACGCGAGCGGGACGGGCAACGAGGCGCUGGUGGAGAUGAGCGCUUCGGGGGGAAGGGAAUGUAGUGUAGUACCCCUCCCCGGGCCCCCCGCCGGCUGGCAGCGGCGGCCGGAGCCGAUCCGACCUUUAGCCGGCCGGGUCAGGUAACCGGGACGGCCGCGCCGCGGCGCCGCGCCCGGGCCGGCCGGGAGACGGAGUCGGGUGCCCGCCGGCGAGCCGUCGGCAAGGGCGCGGGGCACAUUAGUUCUUGUAUGUUCAGUCUUGAGUGCGAGUGAUGAAUGUGUGAGUGCAAUACA